AUGAAGACUGUUCUUCACCAGAACAGUCAGUCUUUGAAGCAGCCUUUUAACUAUAGCAAAUGUGGGGGAACCUUCUUCAAGGGGACAGUCCACAUUACACAAAAGAUAGAACUUGAUGAAGAGAAGCCAAAUGAAUGUGAUGAAUGUAAAAAAACAUUUUCUAAGAAAUCUACCCUCCUUGUACAUCAGAGAAUUCAUACAGGGGAAAAACCCUAUGUUUGUAAUGAUUGUCCAAAAACGUUCCAUGUGAAAACACACCUCACCCGACACCAAAGGAUUCAUUCUGGAGAGAGACCCUAUGAGUGCAGCGAAUGUAGGAAAAUGUUCACUGACAAAUCCGUCCUGAUUGUCCAUCAGAAAAUCCACAAAGGGGAGAAAUCCUAUAAGUGUAAGGAAUGCGGAAAAACCUUUUUUCAUAAAUCGUCCCUCAAUGAACAUUUCAGGUCACAUACGGGGGAGAAGCCUUUUGAAUGUAAGGAAUGUGGCAGUGCCUUCAGCAAGAGAUCUUACCUGGUUGUGCAUCAAAGAACUCACAGAGGUGAGAGGCCAAAUGAAUGUAACGUAUGUGGGAAAACUUUCUUCUGUCAAUCAGCCCUCAUUGCACAUCAGAGAAUUCACACAGGAGACAGGCCUUAUGAAUGUGAUGAUUGCGGGAAAACCUUUUUCUGUCAGUCAGCCCUCAAAGUGCACCGGAGAACUCACACGGGGGAGAGGCCCUAUGAAUGUAAAGAAUGUGGGAGAACUUACUGCCGGAAGUCGGCCCUCACUCACCACCAGAGGACCCACUCUGGAGAGCGGCCUUAUGAAUGUAAUGAAUGUGGGAAAACCUUCUGUCAAAAAUUCUCUUUCACUGAGCAUCAGCGAACUCACACUGGAGAGAAGCCAUACGCGUGUAAUGAAUGUGAGAAAGCCUUUUGCCAUAAAUCAGCCCUCAGGGUACAUCAGAGAAUUCACACCGGAGAGAAACCAUACAAAUGUCAAGAAUGUGGGAAAAGCUACCGUCAGCUCUGGACUCUCACUGAGCAUCAGAAAAUACACACAGGGGAGAAACCCUAUGAAUGUAAAACAUGUGAAAAAACAUUUCGCCACAAGUCAAAUUUCCUUUUACAUCAAAAAACUCACAAGGAAUAA